GAGAGAGAGAGAGAGAGAGAGAGAUCCAAGGACAGACGGCACUGAGGGGAGGGGAAAUAACACACUCUGUCACACCUACUCCACAGCCUCACACUGCCUCUGUAACAGACAGAUCUUGACAUUGUGAAGAUGCAUGUCUACAUCAGAGGAGCAUCCAGGACAGGACGAUAGAGACAAAUACAUGUCAAGGACUACAAAAAGAGAGAGAGAGAGCAGCAAGCCCAGAGGGAAGGACAUUUCAGAAAGGGCAGAACAGGGUGGAAGAGGCAAACAACUGCAGGUUUAUUCUGUUGCUGCUUAAAAACCAGCAAUCAUUAAAAAAAGCUGCCUUUUGCACACGGACAUCCACUCUGUCUCUUGCUGCUUUCUAAGAGGUUAUAGUCUCCGUGCUUGUGUGUACAGCACCAGAACUGCUUUACAGUCCGAGACCAUGAGCGAGACGAAGAAAGGUGAUCUAGCCAUCCGGGAUAAAGCCAUCCUGCACCAGCAGAGGCGUCUGAAGCAGGCCACCCAGUUCUCACACAAGGACUCCGCUGACCUCCUGCCCCUGGACGGGCUGAAGAGACUGGGCACGUCCAAAGACCUGCAACCUCACAACAUCGUCCAACGCCGCCUAAUGGAGGGAAACAUCACGCGGCUGCGAGGGGAGGCCCGGGACGCCAACGCCAGGAUUCGCUCCCCGCUGGCCGACAACAAGGACGGAGCAGCUGACGCCGAGGAGAGGAGCGAGAGCACCGCCGACGACUCCACGGAGGAGAGGGAGUCUCUGGAGGAAAGCGAGAGGAGCUUACGGUCGGACGAGGAGGACGACAGCAGCGAAGCCGGAGCCAGACGGACAGCGGAGAAGAGCGAGGGCACGGAGAGCUCGACCCUCCUCACAGCUCUGGUUGUUCAAUGCAAGUGCUGCGAGACCGAAGUCAAGGCAUCGAUCAACACCGGCAGUCAACAUAACCACAUCUCCACCUCCUGCUGCCAGAGGCUGGGACUGGUGGCCAGUCAGGACAGUUCACCAUGUGGUGACAGCAGCUCAGUGACGGGUCUGCAGCUGCAGCUGGGCAGACAGACGGUCCAGUGUUCAGCCUAUGUCAAAGAGGAUGAGGCGUUUGAGCUGUGCCUGGGUCUUCAGACUCUGCUGGAACUUAAAUGCUGCCUGGACCUGAGCAGCCGGGUCCUGAAGCUGCAGGGCUGCGGCGAGGAGCUGCCCUUCCUGAACCCUUCGACCGACAGCCAGUGCCAACACGACACCAACGAGAACCUGUGAGCCCGACUCGACGGCGGCGACCACUUCCUCCAAUCUACACUGGUUGCAGCAACGUGGCGAAGCGCGAUGCCGUUUGUGUCUGGACGAGUCCGAUCGCAGUGACACUGCCAGAACAUGGACGAGCACUCGCCACCGUUGUUUCUUGAGUUUACAUCAUCGUGUUUGUAGAAUUAAGACAUUCACCAUGAUUAUCUCUUAUAUUAAAUUAGUCUAGUUUACAGAGCGGGGGAACGCCGCCUGUUAUGAGCUGAUCUGAUCUCUGAGAGUCUAAUCAUUCUUUAUGAUUAUAUAUUGUAUAUUCACACCAAUUCCUCUGUUGAGCUGCUUGGGUACGCUGAUGUGCUCUCUAAAAGGGAAUUAUAAUCAUUUAAAGUGAACUUUAGUGGAAUAUUUUGUGAUUUGGCUGUACGGAAAUUACUUUAAGUCAUCAGUCAAGUAAAUAAAAAAAAGUGUUAAUGUAAAUCAUUUCAGUUUAGAUGGUGUGAAAGGAAUAGUUUUAUACUUUGGGACGUAUGCUAAUUUUCUUACCAAGUUAUAUGAGAAGAUACAACGCUCAUGUCUGUAUGGUAGAUACAGCCAGCAGCCAGUUAGCUUAGCAUAAAGACUGGAAACAAGGGGAAACAGCUAGCCUGGCUCUGUCCAAAGGUUGACAAAAUCCACCUACAAGCACCUUUAAAGUUCACUAAUUAACUUGAUACACCUCUGUUUAAUCCGUACAAACACUGAAAUGUUAAGACACAAGUUGCAGUUUUAUGGUAAAGGUAAUCUGCAACUUGCCAUUUGCCAUUUCAGUGUUCGUACUAGGGAUGUCACAAUACCAGAAAUUUAGUAGUCGAUACCAAUACCAGUGAAAUUCCAUGAUUCUCGACAACGAUUUGAUACCGCGGUAAAAAACAAAAGUAAAACAAUAAAUCCCAUGUACUUCAACAUCAUACUGUGUUUUUUAGGAAGUUCAACAGGUCAUAAUUCUCUCUCUAUUAUCUAUUUUAUAUUGCUGUGAAAACAUCUCCUUCAAACAAAAACUACAUUUUACAAGAUUACAUUUGAACAUAUCAUGAUAACGUUAAAAUUUCCCUUCAUUUUUACUGAAUAGAGCCUGAGCGCAUCAUAAUGUAAGUCAAUGGCACCUCCCAUGUUGAAAUCGGCGCUCCUCUUUCCGAUUUCAACACAGAUUUGUUGUUCGCCAUGUAGCGUUGAUAGUGAGUUUACUGCGUCCAAAACACAUUUUCUAUCGUCCCCAGGACAACGGGACGAUGCUAGUCUCGAUCCCUGACGGUACCUGUGGUAGGCUACUGUAGAAAAACGAGUACCGUCACAUUUUCAGAAUUUUGGCAUCAACUUGGUAUCGAAGUUCUUGUGACAUCCCUAGUUUGUACGGAUUAAACCAGCGGCUCCUAACCUUUUUUAACUUGGACGGAGCCAGGCUAGCUCUUUCCCCCUGUUUCCAGUCUUUAUGCUAAGCUAAGUUAACCAGCUGCUGGCUGAAGCUUCAUAUUUCCCUGACAGACAUUAGAGAGAGGUAUCAAUCUUCUCACUGUACUCUCGUCAAGAAUGAAUAAGCGUAUUUCCAAAUUGUCAAACUAUUCCUUGAAGAAUUAACAUGAUCCGUCUAAAAAGUGUCGGUACUCAGGAUCCCCCUCUCCAGUGUGUUGAAAGGAGAAGUUUUUUGAAGUCUUGUGUAGGUUUGCACCGGGCUACCUCUUUAAAAAAAACAAGGACGGGUUCUUAUCCUGAAUUUAAAAAAAGAGAUCUGAGGAAAACACCUUUUUCUGAUGUACUUAUAUUCAGCUUUAUAAAACCCCCUUUACUCUCUUUCCCCAUCAAAAGACUGAUUCUAGUUUUCCAGGAGCAGUCUUUUACUAGACUGAAUUACAGUAGUUCCCUGUAAAUCCCCUCUAAUAAAAAUAGACUUCAGGCCAGCCAGCGAAACAUACAUUUGACUCAGCUACAGAAAUGUCAGAAACAUUCCAUCUGCAUGACUUUGUAAAGUUCUGCCUUUGUAUAAGUCUGCAUGUUUGUGUACUAUCGUCUGAAGGGGCUGUAUGUGUGUGUUUAUGUGUGUGUGUGUGCGUUAGGGAGUCAAAGCAGGGCUUUUUUCAUGCCUUGUUUUGGUUUCACACGGGAAAAAGUGGAAUAUAUUCCCCCCCAAAACCGGUCCAUCGAGCUCCGGUCAGAACAAGCUGCCAAAAGCUGAUCCCAGCUGCCUUCCCUCUCUGCCUCUAUCAGGAGAUUAUCACCACUCGACUCGGCUGAGGCUGCGCUCUGUGCCAAGGCCCCUCUUCACGCUUCAUCUUUAUUCGGUCUUUUUCGUGUAUUUACCACCUUUUUUCUUGCUGAUGUUAUUCACUUUGACGCCUCAUGUUUGUCACAAGACGAACUCCCCACUCCAGUGCCACCUGCCUCUCUCUCAGUGUUUUCAUAGUGUGGAGAAUCAGGAAACUGCCUCAGAUCAUGCUGUGCUUUAACAACACCUGAGCCGUGCCGUGCUUUUUUGACUGUGCUACAGUAUCCAUCGGACCUCUCCGCGGAGGUCAUCCACACGUAGAUUUGUUUCUCUUUGAUGUGCUAGUGACCUUCCUACGCCGUACGUAUGAGAGGAAUCGAUGUAUGACAGAAAUUUAUUUUUGGUGUUUUCUCUUCUUCUGAAACAGUAUUUUCUCUGCCUAAUAAAAAUAUGUAUUCUGGCUA